AUGGCCACGGGCGAGGAGGAUGCCAACCACGUCGAGAACCAGAUCUCCAAUCAGGCUGAUCCGGCGCCUUCGACAGAAGAUCUUGCGGCCUCGGGUCUGGUUCCGACGUCAUCCUCCUCGGUCACACCGGCAUCCUCAUCGUCUUCAAGUAUCGACGCCCUGGAUAGGAAGUUUCAGGAUUCUCUGGCCCUCAGCAAGCGUCACCGCUUCUGGGAGACGCAGCCCGUGGGGCAGUUCAGGGAUCUCGGCGAUCCUACUGUGACGGAGGGCCCCAUUGAACCCCCAAUCCCGCUCUCCGACGUCAAGCCGGAUCCUUACACCCUCCCGGCCUCCUACGAUUGGUCAACCUGCGACAUCUCCGACGACGCAGUCGCCACCGAGGUCUACAACCUCCUCACUGCCAACUAUGUCGAAGACGACGAGAACAUGUUCCGAUUCAACUACUCCCGUGAGUUUCUCCGUUGGGCCCUCCGCCCCCCUGCCUACUUCACGGCCUGGCACAUCGGCGUGCGCGUCAAGUCGUCUAAGAAGCUUGUCGCGUUCAUAACCGGCGUCCCCGCAAGGAUCCGCGUCCGGAACGACGUUGUUGGGAUGGCCGAGAUCAACUUCCUCUGCGUCCAUAAGAAGCUUCGCUCCAAACGCCUUGCCCCCGUCAUGAUUAAAGAGGUCACCCGUCGUGUCCAUCUGGAAAAUAUGUGGCAGGCUGCUUACACUGCUGGCGUCGUCCUCCCCACCCCGAUCACCACCACUCAGUAUUGGCAUCGCUCUCUAAAUCCGAAGAAGCUCAUUGAGGUGGGUUUCUCUCGUCUCGGGCCCCGAAUGACUAUGAGCCGCACCAUUAAGCUAUAUAAGCUACCGGAUUCUGUAAUCACGCCUGGGUUUCGGAAGAUGGAGCUCCGGGAUGUGCCUGCUGUCACACGCUUGCUCCAAGGCUACCUGGCUCAGUUUGUUGUUGCCCCAGAUUUUGAUGACGCCGAUGUGGAACACUGGCUCCUGCCAAGGGAGGAUGUCGUGGAAAGCUAUGUUGUUGAGUGCCCUCAAACACAUGAGCUUACUGACUUCUGCAGCUUCUAUACACUGCCGUCAUCCAUCCUCUCAAACCAGAACUACUCAGUACUCAAGGCUGCCUAUUCUUAUUACAAUGUUGCUACAAAAACUCCCCUGCUCCAAUUGAUGAACGAUGCGCUCAUUGUGGCCAAGCAGAAGGAAUAUGAUGUAUUCAAUGCGCUUGAUGUGAUGCACAAUGGGAAAUUCUUGAAGGAGCUGAAGUUUGGUCCUGGAGAUGGGCAGCUGCACUACUACCUGUACAACUACCGUCUCCAGCACCCAUUGAAGCCAUCAGAUCUUGGGCUUGUACUCUUGUAG